CGGGGUGGGGGGUGGGGCGGCUCCUCUGGGCGUCCUCCGCUGAGGAAGCGGCGUGUGCGGCGGCUGACCCGCCGCCCUGAGUCCUCGGGGCAUCUUCAGAAGCUACCCUCUCCAUAAGGCCGGUCCUCUGCCUCAUGGCGUCCUCUGGACAAGACAUCUCGAGCACGAUGGCGGCAUCUGAGGUAGCUGGCGUGGUGGCCACUGCUCCGAAUCCUGCGGAAUCCUCUUCUAGUGUUUGUGCUUCCAAACCAGAUGAAGGUCCCCCAGAUGGUCUAAGCCCCAAAGACCCUGCACAGAAGCAUAAGAACUCGCCUCUGUCGAGUGUAAGUAACCAAACGAUAACCAAGGAGAAUAACAGAAAUGCCCAUUUGGAACACCCAGAGCAGAAUCCUGGCUCAUCAGCAGGUGACACUUCAGCAGCGCACCGGGCGGUUUUAGGAGAAAACUUGAUAGCCACGGCCCUUGGUCUGUCUGGCGGUGGGUCCCAGUCUGAUCUGAAGGACGUGGCCAGCACGGCAGGAGAGGAGGGGGACACGUGCCUUCAGGAGAGCCUCCACCCCGCCACUCGGUCUCUUAAGGCAGGGUGCCAUACAAAGCAGCUUGCCUCCGGGAAUUGUCCUGAAGAGAAGGCCCCACAAGCCUCCAUCCUAAAGGAAGGGAGCAGGGACCCAGGCUUGGAGUUCCCACCUGUGGUGCCUCCAGCAAAUGGGGUUGAAGGAGUCAGAGUGGAUCAGGAUGAUGAUCAGGAUAGCUCUUCCCUGAAGCUUUCUCAGAACAUUGCUGUCCAGACUGACUUUAAGACGACUGAUUCAGAGGUAAACACAGAUCAAGAUAUUGAAAAGAAUCUGGAUAAAAUGAUGACAGAGAGAACCCUGUUGAAGGAGCGUUACCAGGAGGUCUUGGACAAGCAGAGGCAAGUGGAGAAUCAGCUCCAAGUGCAAUUAAAGCAACUUCAGCAAAGGAGAGAAGAAGAAAUGAAGAAUCACCAGGAGAUAUUAAAGGCUAUCCAAGAUGUAACAAUAAAGCGAGAAGAAACGAAGAAGAAAAUAGAGAAAGAAAAGAAGGAGUUUCUGCAGAAGGAGCAGGAUCUAAAAGCUGAAAUUGAGAAGCUUUGUGAGAAGGGCAGAAGAGAAGUGUGGGAAAUGGAACUGGAUAGACUCAAGAAUCAAGAUGGUGAAAUAAAUCGGAACAUUAUGGAAGAGACAGAACGGGCCUGGAAGGCAGAGAUCUUAUCGUUAGAGAGUCGGAAAGAGCUGCUGGUAUUGAAACUAGAAGAAGCAGAAAAAGAGGCAGAGCUACACCUUACUUACCUCAAGUCAACUCCCCCAACACUAGAGACAGUUCGUUCCAAACAGGAGUGGGAGACAAGACUGAAUGGAGUUCGGAUAAUGAAAAAGAAUGUUCGGGACCAGUUUAACAAUCACAUCCAGCUCGUGAGGAAUGGAGCCAAGCUGAGCAGCCUUCCUCAGAUCCCUACCCCCACCCUGCCACCACCCCCAUCAGAGACAGACUUCAUGCUUCAGGUGUUUCAGCCCAGUCCCUCUCUGGCUCCUCGGAUGCCCUUCUCCAUUGGGCAGGUCACAAUGCCCAUGGUUAUGCCCAGUGCAGAUCCCCGGUCCUUGUCUUUCCCAAUCCUGAACCCUGCCCUUUCCCAGCCCAACCAGCCUUCCCCACCCCUUCCUGGCUCCCAUGGGAGAAGUAGCCCCAGCCUGGGUUCCCUUGUCGGCCCCCAUGGUCCACACAUGCCCCCUGCCGCCUCCAUCCCGCCUCCCCCAGGCUUGGGUGGUGUUAAGGCUUCUACUGAAACUCCCCGGCCCCAACCAGUAGACAAACUGGAGAAGAUUCUGGAGAAGUUGCUGACUCGGUUCCCACAAUGCAAUAAGGCCCAGAUGACCAACAUUCUUCAGCAAAUCAAGACAGCACGUACGACCAUGGCAGGUCUGACCAUGGAGGAGCUGAUCCAGCUGGUAGCUGCGCGGCUGGCAGAGCACGAGCGGGUGGCGGCCAGUGCUCAGCCACUUGGUCGGAUCCGGGCCCUGUACCCUGCUCCACUGGCCCAAAUCAGUACCCCAAUGUUCUUGCCUUCUGCCCAAGUUUCAUAUCCUGGGAGGUCUUCACAUGCUCCAGCCACCUGUAAACUGUGUCUAAUGUGCCAGAAACUCGUCCAGCCCAGCGAGCUGCAUCCGAUGGCAUGUACCCACGUGCUGCACAAGGAGUGUAUCAAAUUCUGGGCCCAGACCAACACAAAUGACACUUGUCCCUUUUGUCCAACUCUUAAAUGACGGACCUGACUGGGGAGGAUGAAGAGGAGAAACUGAUGUGAACAGGAUGCGCGGGUUCCAGAUUUCUAAAACUCUAUAUUUAUACAGUGACAUAUACUCAUGCCAUGUACAUUUUUAUUAUAUAGGUAAUGUGUGUAUAGAAAGUCUGUAUUCAAAUGUUCGUAAAUGAAAGUAUGUAUAUUAUGCAGAAAUGGUCUGUCCCCCUCACCUUGCAGAUCCUCUGGGGGAAGCAGAUUGUAGGUAAGGUGAUGUUUCAUUUGGCCUUGAAAUUACGAUAUUCCUGCCUAGGGCUGUUUUCAGAUACAUGUAAAAACCAGCUAGGAAGCUGCUCUUGCUCUACGGUCACCCUGCUUUGGUUUGGCUCAGCCUCUAGUCCAUUUUCUUAAGGCUCAUGUAUGCAGAUUUGAACCCUGGUGCUCACCUGCUGUUCAGCCAGAUGCCUUGCUCACUGAAAGCCUCCGGAAGCCUCAGUGCUGUCCAGCCCCUCUCCUCCAAAUGGAGAAGAUGAGAGUGAUUGAGGAAAACAAGAUGUAACCCUGACAGUUUGACUUUUCAUUUUGAAUGUUUUACUGUAUUAACACUCAUUAUUUGUAUAU